UCUGCUUUAACCUCCAAUUUCUGCUGAACUGAGCCUAGAGAUCAGUCAUUGCUGAAACUUAGGGCCUCCUCAGGUUUUUUCUAGAAAUGUGUUAUUUCCUGGGGCAUGCGUGAGGUAUUCCCCAGGAUACCAAAGUGCUUUUGAUUAGCCUAAUUUCUGAAGGUAAUUUUCUCUCCAGAUUGUUUUUCUGGGUCUUAGAUGGUCUAUUCUGUCUUAGUCAUAGACUAUUGUUCCAGAUGGUUGCAGGCGUUUUGUUGACAAUAUUUUUAUGUAGUCCCUGCCAAUUUUUGACCCCAGUUAGGUUUCAGUGUAGUUGAAACAGAGAAGAGAGCCUUAUUUCAGACUUUUCGUAGGCCCAGGAGAAAUUGGAGUAUACGAAGAUAAUAUUUGCAAAUAAAAUAAAUAUAAUAUUUGCAAAUAAAAUGGUAGAAUAGGUCACUGCGCCUGGCCUGUUCUACAUUUUCACUCGCCUUUUUCUCUUUGUUCAUCUCUCUGUCAACAGUGUGGUGUGUUGAAUAUUAUAGUUUCAAAAUCCUUCAUGUAUGUUAGGACUCAAUGAUCUUUGAGGAUGUGGCUGUGAACUUUACCCAGGAGGAGUGGGCUUUGCUGGAUCCUUCCCAGAAGAAACUCUACAGAGAUGUGAUGUGGGAAAUCAUCAGGAACCUGAUGUCUGUAGGAAUAAAAUGGGAAGACCGGAACACUGAAGAUCAGUACAAAAAUUCCAGGAGAAAUCCAAGAAAUCAUAUAGCAGAGAGACUCUGUGAAUGUAAAGAUGGUCAAUGUAGAGAAACUUUCAGCCUGAUUCCAGACGGUAUAACGAACAAGACUCUUCCUGGGGUAAAACCAUGUGAAAGCAGUGUGUAUGGAGAAGGCAAUAUGGAUUAUUCAUCUCUGAAUUGCUACAUCAGAGCUGACAUUGGACACAAACCAUAUGAGUGUCAGGAACAUGGAGAGAAGUCACAUAAAUAUAACCAGUGUGUAAAAACCUUCAGUUGCCUCCAUUCCUUCCAAACACAUGAAAAGCCUCACACUGGAGAGAAACCCUAUGAUUGUAAGGAAUGGGAAAAAACCUUCGUUUCUCUCCAAACUGUUCGAAGAUACAGGGUAAUGCACAGUGGAGAUGGACCUUAUAAAUGUAAGUUUUGUGGGAAAGCCUUUGAUAAUCUCAGUUUAUAUCUCACACAUGAAAGAUCUCAUACUGGACAGAAGCCAUAUGAAUGUAAUGAAUGUGGGAAAGCCUUUGGUUUUCCCAGCUCCUUUCAUAGACAUGAAAGAAUGCACACCGGGGAGAAACCAUAUGAAUGUAAGCAAUGUGGGAAAACCUUUAGUUGUUCCAGUUCUAUUAAAAAACAUGAAAGAAUCCACACUGGAGAGAAGCCCUAUGAAUGCAAGCAAUGUGGGAAAGCCUUCGCUUCUUCCAAUUCCUUUCAGUAUCAUGAAAGGACUCACACUGGAGAGAAACCCUAUGAAUGUAAGCAAUGUGGGAAAGCCUUUAAUUGUUCCAGUUCCAUUAGAAAACAUGCAAGAAUUCACACUGGAGAGAAACCCUAUAUAUGUAAACAAUGUGGUAAAGCUUUUAGAUUUCCCAGUUCUAUUAAAAAUCAUGAAAAGACUCACACUGGAGAGAAACCCUAUGAAUGUGAGGAAUGUGGGAAAGCCUUCAGAUAUUCCAGUUCACUUCGAGUACAUAAAAGAAUUCACACUGGAGAGAAGCCAUAUGAAUGUGAGGACUGUGGGAAAGCCUUCAGUCAUCCCACGACCUUUCAUAGACAUAAAAUUACCCACACUGCAGAGAAACCUUAUGAAUGUCAGGAAUGUGGGAAAGCCUUCCGUUAUCCCAUUGCUUUUCGUAGACAUAAAAUUACCCACACUGCAGAGAAACUUUGGGUGUAAGGAAUGUGGGAAAGCCUUCUGUUAUCACAGUUCCCUUCAAAGACAUGAAAGGACUCACAAUGGAGAAAAGUUGUAUGGAUAUAAAAAACGUAAAGCCGGCUGGGCGUGGUGGCUGACACCUGUAAUCCCAGCACU